GAAGUUCUUCCCUGUGAGGGUGCUGAGGCGCUGGCACAGGGUGCCCAGAGAAGCUGUGGCUGCCCCACCCCUGGCAGUGUUCAAGGCCAGGCUGGACACAGGGGCUUGGAGCAACCUGCUCUAGUGGAAGGUGUCCCUGCCCAUGGCAGGGGUUGGAGCUGGAUGAGCUUUAAUGUCCCUUCCAACCCAAACCAGCCUGGGAUUCUAUGAUAACUAAGCAGUGCUGCCCAGCUAGAGCAGAGCAGUGUUCCCUGCCUGUGCCUGGAUAAGCUGCGGAGCUCCCUGGGAGCAGAGCGGGCUCCUAGCGCACCGAAAGCAAAACCCGACUCGGAGGCGCACGGAGAGAGGGGAGCCGAUGCCUCUCGGAAGCCACCGCAGGCAGCAGCCGGGACCGCACUGGGGCUCCCCUCCGCCGGGAGCCGCCUGCCGCCGGGUCCGGUCUCGGCGGCUGCUCCCGCAUCGCCGGCAGCCCGGGUCACGUGCGCGGUCCGUAAUCCCGGCGAGGGGGUGUCGUUACCGGGAAGGGGGGCGGCGGGAGGAGGGGCUGCCGCCCAUGAGGGCUGAAGCCGGGUGCGCGGCCGGCUGCGGGCGCCGCUGCGGCCAUGGCCUGGCCCUGCAUCAGCCGCGUGUGCUGCCUGGCCCGCUUCUGGAGCCAGCUGGACAAGUCCGACCUCUCCGUGCCGCUCACCAUCCACAACUACUCGGACAUCGAGGAACAGGAGGACGGGCCCCACCACCAGCGUGGCGGAGCGCCUCCGCGGGGUAGCGCUCGCCCGCCCGCCCCGACCCCGCGCCCGCGGGACCCCGCCGCAGCCACCGGGAAGCCGGGAGGGCGCAGAAAGAGCCGUGCGUCCGUCGGCGGAGAGCCCUUCGCAGCGGAGACCCAGUACCGGCGGGACUUCCGAGCGUGGCCGCUGCCGCGGCGGGGGGACGCCUUCCCCUGGGUCAGCGCCAGCAGCGGCGGGAGGGACGGGGCCGCCCCCCAGCCCGCCCCGGGCCGCUCCGCCUGCGCCCUGCCCGGCAGCGGCGGCCCCGAGCAGCUCCGGCCGCGGCCGCAGACGGACGGCGGGCACACCACCUCCUACAGGCAAGAGUAUCGCCCAUGGACUGGAGCAAAACCAUCCAAGCCUAUAAAGACAAAGCAAGGCUUCAUUAUGUCAGAAGACCAUUUUGUUAAAGAGACAAGCUACAAGGCAGACUUUAAGGCACCGUCACGGAUCCUCAACGUGUGAACCCGGACCCUCCUCACACCCAGGCAGCUCAGACACGGAGUUAGAUGUAUCUAUGCAAUUUUCAUGAGGAGCGUUAAAAUCAAAGAGCUGGUGUUACCAACAGCAGCCCCAGUGAUUAAUGACAUGCACACAAACUUUCUGUUAACACAACAAACCACAAAGCGCUUGGUUCAGAGCUGGUGAACCAUCCUGUGAGGAGUGACCUAGUUUUACAUGGGAGCAGGUUCAUUACUCUGCCAGCUGGCCUCACAUUAGGAGAUUGGCAGCAAGUAUAGCAGGCAACAUCCCUGUGCUCACACAGGGUGGGAGGGGAAAACAGUCACAAAUGGGAUGGAUAAUUAAAACCAAAAAGAGUUUCAUUUAGCAGCAUCCUCUUAAGUAAAGAAGUGAAAGGGAGCAUCUGGAUGACUUUGGAGCUUCUUGAGGGGUUUUGGAAACAGGACCUGAAAUUGCUGCACCAGAAAACAUAGCACCAAAAGGGCUGGUGUGAACUUCCAGGAUUGUUUCAGAAGCUGGAGGAAGCCAGCAUCAUUGAACUCCAAAAUGCAUCUGGCAUAUGCAGUGUCUUGGCACUUCAAGGCUAGAAAGCUGGAUGUUUCCACAACUGGUGGGAUCAUGCAGGAGCAAGAAGGGACUGAACUUCAGGGGACAGCCCUGAGAGCAAUGCACUAGCCUGGUUUGGAGAGGAUUACAUGGACAGUCAGGCACCUGCCAGGCUCCAGAGGAGCUGAGAUACAUAUGUAAUUUGUAUAGCUGUUAGGGGGAUUGUAAAUACUGUAUAUGGAUUUUACCUAAACCAAUUUGUGAUCCUUUAAUGAAAAGGACAUGCUUAUACUUUUAAUAAAUGUUAAGUCUUUACAUAUGCAAGGUGGGAAAUAAUUGCCUUGAAAUUCCUGAAUUAUUGCCUGUGUAUUGGUAAUGCUAAUGCUAGGAACAACCGGAAGUGAAUGUUACUUAGAAACUCUUCUUAACACAGAAUGUCAGACAUCCUUUAUUUUGAAGAUAGGCCAUUUUAAGUGUCAUUGUUCUCAAGCUGAUUUUUUUUAGACUGGUCUACAUUUUGCUGAGGUCCAUGUGUUAUAAGAAACUAUUUUUUAGCUUUUGUUCAUAAGGAUUGUAGUGGGUUUACGGUUUCUGUCUCAAUGACUUAUGCAACCGUAAUAGUCUACUGCAUAUUUCAUGGUUUUCCUAAUCCAUUUUUGGGGAAAAAAAUUGAAAACCUUAUAGUUCAUCUAUAUAUAUAUAUAGCUUGCAACACACAAAUGUGUUGACUAGAAUCAAAGGAAACUAUCCUCAGACUUGACCAGUGAUCAGAUAUUCAUUCAUCUGUAAUGAAUAUUAAUGAAAUCAUAAUCAUAGAAUCACAGGCUGGUUUGGGUUGGAAGGGACCUUAAAGCUUAUCCAGUUCCAACCCCCUGCCAUGGGCAGAGACACCUUCCAAUAACCCAGGUUGCUCCAAGCCCCAUCCAACCUGGCCUUGGGAUGGAACUUCCCACACUCAUCCCCAAACCCAGAGGAACCUACAGUAAUACCAGUGCUUGCCAAAAUAAUUUUUCAGGAGACUCAUUUUUUCAGGAAAUCCAUUGGAAACAUUCAAAUUGUACAAAGGGUUUGCAUGUUAGAUGUUUCUAAGAAUUCAAUCUGCUUGUUUAAUCUCUUUAUAAUGUUUCUUACAGUUUUGUUCAAACUGUUUGUUUCAAUUCUGGACUUUAAUAACAGCAAAAAAAAAGAGGAUAAAUUGUCUAUUCAGUCUUCUUAAGUCAUUGUAUUUCUUAAAAGAAAUCAAUGCAGUUGUAAACAAACUGGUAAUACAAUAAGCUUGUAUUUUAUCAAAAUGACUGGAUUUAAUUUAAUAAAUUAAAAUGUAUUUUGGCUA